GGAUGCAGCCUUUCCAGCAGGCCCACAUCCCUUCUGGUGGCAACAACACCAACGCCGGAGGCAACAACACCAACGGGCGAUCACCAUCCCCGCCGACACAGCUCACAGCGAAGCCAAAGCAGCCACAGGGUGGCGGUGGCGUGCAGCGGCCCGCUGCUGCCGCUGCUGCUGGUGGUGGCAGUUCUGCGUCAUUUGGCAUCACUGUAGUGCAGCACAACGCCGCUGGUGGCGGCGGGGGAGGGGGAGGGGGAAGGGUGCUCCCCCUUGGCCGCGGCAGGGGUAUCGACAUGAACUUCACGCCAAACAACAACAACAACACCAACUCACAGGCCACAGGUGGGUCGUUAGCACACAAAAUCACAGCACACACACGCGCAGAUGACCAGGGAGAAAAGCGAAACCAUCUCUCUCUCUCUCUCCUCUCUCUCUCUCUCUCUCUCUCUGUGUGUGUGUGUGUGUGUACCAUGCCUGUGUAUGUGGCAAUCAACAGGGCCCGGAGCUGGACGUGGCGCCCACCUCAACACCCCAGCCUGGUUGCCGCCCACUGUGGAGCAGCAACGCCGCAGCGCGCUGCGGCGAAUGCUGGAGCGGAUGCCCAUGGCCGAGGGCCUGCGCAACGGCUCAAUGCCUCCAUCCUUCAGAAAGCGGUGCUUCGAGCUCUUCCCCGACCUGCAGAAUAGCGUGGAGCGGCUGCAGCAGCUGCUCGACCAAGAGACGACAAGGAUGCAGUAGGAGCAGCAGUCGGAGAUUCCCCAGACGGCAAGAAGGCAGCAGGAGCAGCAGUCGGAGCACCCCCAGGGCUCACCUAGACGGACACACGCGACAUGGCGACAUGGCGGGUGGCAGUGUGGGGACCAUCGACAGCACGGAGACGACUACACUGAGGAGGAAACGGGUGAAGAGGAGGAGGGGGCAGCCAUCGUGGGGGAAGCAGAUGACGAGCCGGCUGCGAAGGAGUCGGGGGCAGAUGAGAUGUCGGGCAGCAGUAGGCAGGCUG